AUGGCGGCCGGGCGUCUGUUAAACCCGCCGGAUCCUCUGCAGCUUUCAAGUGGAAAUGUAUCUCAGAAUUGGAAAAGAUUUAAACAAAAGUGGAGUAACUAUGAGCUAGCUAUCGGAACAGCCAGAAAGGAAGACCCCAUUCGAGUAGCAACUUUUCUCACCGUGAUCGGCGACGAAGCGCUAGAUGUUUACAAUGCAUUCACGUGGGACAGUGACGAAGACAAAGUCAAAAUGGAUAAAGUUCUAGAGCAUUUUGAGCAGUAUUGUGAGCCUCGCAAGAAUACAAUUUACGAAAGGUAUUUAUUCUUUUCGCGUGGACAGGAAAGUGGGGAGCCCAUUGAUAAAUAUGCCACAGUUCUACGAAACAUGGCAGACUCU